AAAAAUAUUUUAAGUUAUAUUUGUUUUUAAAUUGACACCAUUUAGGAGUUUAGCGUACAUUGAUCAUUAUAACACACCUUGUAUUCAAAUUUAAGGCCGCCAUUUUUUUUUUUUUACCUGCGUAAAGGCCACACAGAUGCAGGUGUAAACAUGUGGCUGUUAGCAAUCACCCUUGCUGUCCUGUGGACAUCUGUAGACACACAGGACAGAAAAGCUAUCAUAGACAACACCAGUGGUUACAAAAUGGAGAGGGCACCAAUUUAUAUGGUCAUCACACCAAAUGUUGUAAGACCUAAUGAAGUUGUUCAAAUUUUUGGAACAAUUCUAAGAAUGAAUGAUUAUCCAUACAUUGAUUUAAAAGUCUCCAUAGUACAAGAUAAAGUAGCUUAUGCAGAAAUUGCCACAAAGUUUGAACGGCCUGGCAGCAGGCUUAUGCAAAUGAAGAUGCCUUCAAAUUCCUUGAGAGGCCAUUAUCGACUGAGAGUGGAGGGGAAAGCGGGAGACUCAGGAAAUGUUUUCUUCAAUGAAACUGACAUUGGCUUUGAUCCCAAACAGGCCUCUGUGUUCAUACAACUGAGUAAACCCAUCUACAGGCAGGGACAAAAUGUGUCAUUUCGAGUUCUUCCCAUUAAGCAGAAUAUGAUGCCUAGAUAUGGAAGUAUGACUAUAUAUGUUAAGGACCCCACUGGAUACCCCGUCAGAAGGUGGCUGGCUGUACAAACAAAUGCCGGAGGUAUUGUCAGCCAAAGUUUCAUGCUCUCAGAUCAGCCAAACUAUGGAAACUGGACCAUUCAAGUCGACGGAUAUGGGUUUACAUAUUACAAGAAUUUCUUGGUAGAGGAAUACUGGGACCCCAGAUUUGAUGUCAAUGUAACAGUGAAGUCAUAUAUAAUGGACAAUGUGAAGACAGUGGGAGGAAUCAUUAUGGCUAACAUGACAACUGGUAAACCCAUAGAAGGAAAUGCCUCUGUUUUAUUAACAGUCAAAGAGCCUCCCCCAAAACAGGACUCGUUUGGUAACAACAACGGAUUUAUCAAUAACUUCAUCCCAAGAUCCUUUACCAUCCAAAGAUCACUUGGAUAUGUUAAAGGUCCUAUUAACUUUGAAUUCAAUAUGGAUGAGAUCAGAACACGAGUUAGGAAUGAGUUUGGAUUGUACAAUGGUUAUGAUGGAGUAGAACUACACUUCAAUGCCACGGUGUAUGACUGGUUCUUCAGAAUGACCAGGGCAGGCUAUGCCAGUACUGUGUUAUAUAGGUCAGGGGUCAAACUCCAGUGGGUCGGAGAUAGGGUCAGGACCUUUAAACCUGAAAGUGUUUUGACUGUCCAGGUUGCUGUGAUGAAAUAUGAUGGCACCCCCGUGGCCAGUAGCAGCAAGGUCAGGCUCUCUCUGAGCCCCACCUAUGUCAGUGGUAUGUCUGGUUCUAUUCCUUAUAUGGCGUCGGCCAAAGCGCCCAGCGGAGGAAUCGCUGAAUUUAAAAUCACCAUGGACAAUGCUCUGAGGAGUCUAUUAAUACAGGCCACUUGGGAGGGAGAUACAACCACCCCCAUGAUAGAUAUGAUGGCCUAUCGGUUCUACUCCCCGAGUAAGAGAUACAUCACCUUGUCAACCUCCACCAGUAGUCCUAAAGUCAACACUUACAUGUUAUUCCACGUCAAGACCAGCAUGUAUGUUCCACGGAUUUACUACCAGGUUGUUGGAGGUGGAAAUAUUAUUGUUGGAGAGGAACUAGAAAUGAUUUCCAGAAGGAAGUCAUUUGCCAUCGCCCUCUCACGAGAUAUGGUGCCCACGGCUCGAGUGGUGGUGUAUUAUCUCGCUGGUCAACCAGAGGAAAUUGUAGUUGACUCAUUAACUUUCUUUGUGGAUGGAACUGGUAAUAAUAAGGUUGGGGCGGUUGUGAAUCGUGGUAAAGACUUCACUCGAGACACUGUGGAGAUUUUGGCCACUGCUGACAAGGGGGCAUAUGUAGCCUUCGCAGCUAUUCCUCUUGAUCUGUAUAAACGAGGACUUAACGACGGACUUAAUCAUUGGACUAUAAUUGAUGAGUUAAACACCUAUGAUUCUGGUCGUAAGAGCUGGCAGCAUUUGUGGAGAAAGAGUGAAGUGGAAUAUCAGUAUAAGUUCUACACUGCCAGCGGCCAUGGUAUUGAUGCCAAUACAACAUUUAGGGAUGCUGGUUUGCUAGUUAUGUCUGAUCUUACAGUUAAUAGAGUCCCCAUAACAAGUGCUGAAAUUAAGUGCUAUGAAGACCCUGAAUAUUUACCAUGUUUUACUGGAGAAUCCUGUUACCAUAGAAACUCCUCAUGUGACAAUAUUAAAGAUUGUCCAAUGGAUUGGGCUGAUGAACAGAAUUGUCCAUUGGAGGAUCCCAGAAAUGACAACAUGACCAUCAACAUGAUUAACAGAGUCAGUCGUGUGUUGAGGUUCUAUGAAGACAGCACAUGGGCGUGGCAGGAAACCUUCACAAAGCCUGAUGGUGAGGUAGACUUUAGGAUUACUGUCCCCAAAUAUCCCCUUACCUGGGUCAUACAUGGAGUGUCCAUGAGUCGAAGUUCAGGCCUCGGGAUCCAGCCCACACCUAUACAGUAUGAUGCCACGCGGUACAUGUACAUCAUUGUGGAGUGUCCAGAGCACAUCAUCAGGGGAGAACAGGUGGGAGUCCGAGUUACCGUGUUCAACUACUGGUAUGGAGACGAGUUCAUAGAGGUGCUUGUGACAAUGGAGGGGUCUCCAGACUACGACUCUGUACUGGUAGGAGAUGAAGGCUUUGUACAGUCCUACUCACCAAAAAGACACAGUGGGGACCACCAAACUAUCGUAUUCUUGGAGCCAGGAGAAUCUAAGGACAUCUUUAUGCCUAUUGUCCCUAACAUGGUACAGGGUAACCUGACCUUCACAGUCAGUGCCUGGUGCUUCCUGGAGAGAGACACAGUCAGUAGGACCAUCUACAUCACGUCUGAUGGAGUGGAGAACAUGUACCACACCCCGUACUUGAUAGACAUGAUCACCUCAGGCUCCAUGAUUAUUCCGGAUCUGAAGGUCAACGUCUCGGAUCAGUUCAUCGUUCCCGAGCAGCGUUACCACCAGUUUGUCCCUGGGUCUCCCAAAGGACAUAUCACUGUGUUUGGUGAUGUUGUGACCCCUGGUUUCUUCCGGGAAUUCCCCACAGCUGAGGACAUUUUAUACAGACCGUAUGGAUCAGGAGAAAUGAACAUGUUUAAUUUUGCCUACAAUCUUCUAACCCUCCGAUUUAAAAAGGCCAACCAACAGCUCAGCAAUGAUGUACUCCAGAGAACACUUAAAUACAUGAAUAUAGCCUUACAAAGACAGAUGGGAUACAUGAACGAGGACGGAUCUUUCCGCAUGUUCAGAGAUGACCCCAAACCCAGUGUAUGGUUGACUGCUUUUGUGGCUAAGACAUUGUUUCAAGCUAAGUUUGGUGAGUGGGAGAAGGAAUUUUUCAUCCCCCUGGAGCUUAUUAAUAAGAUGGUCCUUUGGCUGUGUAGUCAGCAACAUAACGUGACAGGAGAAUUUAACGAACUUCCUGGCGUUCCUGUGUAUGACAGGAAUUUUGGAUCUCUGAAAGAAGCGAUUGAGAAUGAUACAUUACGAGCACAUCCUGUGCCAUUGACGGCCUAUGUUCUUGUUGCCUUGUACAAAAUCAAGGACACCUCUAUGGAGUCUCAGAGCUGUAUGGAGAAGGCUAAACAGCGAGCUUCAGAGUACCUGUCUCAGCAGUGGCCCAGUAUUACAGAAGUGUUCCACCUCGCCAUAACCUCGUACGCCCUGUCUCUCAGUAGUGUCCGCAGCAGAGAUGUGUUUGAUAAACUGUGGUCACAUGUUUACACAAAGCCAGAACAUUAUUUUUCGGACUCGCCAAUCAGAGAAAACCCCUCGGAGUACGUGAACACUGUCCUGUACAUGUUACCCAGACUGCCCCUGGUCAAUGAUGGCUACGCUGUACAGUCUACAGCCUACGCCUUGCUGGCUCACAUCAACCACUUUGGGGCGGCCACCAGCUCUGACAGUACCAGUGGUCUCAUCAAAGAACAGAGGGACUCCAUGAUGAAAUGGUUACAGACAAUGAGGAACACAUUCGCAGCUUUUGCGUCCACUCAGGACACAUUAGCUGCCAUGGAGGCCCUGUUUGAGUUCACCCUGGUUGACCCCAACAGGAACGUGUUCAGCAUGAACCUGAAGCUGGAGUCCUCCGCCUCCCCUAACUGGAUGAACGAGUUCAUGAUGACCAAAGACAAUUAUACAGAAAUGCAGGAAGAUUGGCUGCCCAAAGUAUUCGGUCAAGUUCGAGUAGCAGUAAAGGGAACCGGAAGAACACUUAUUCAGCUGACUACAACAGUGAAUGUGGAGUAUGUGUGGCAAGUCCGGAAUCCAGUGGAUACAAUCCAGUUCUUCCUGUUAGAUAACUACAACAUCGAGUUCAGCGGGAGAAACUUCUCCACAAUCAGAAUGACACCUUGUGUCAGCUGGGUGUAUGAAGCUCGCAGUAAACAGUCCGGUUUGACGGUGCUGGAAAUUGACAUUCCCUCGGGUUAUGUGAUAAUGAACGACACUUUACGAGCCCUCGUUAAUAACCCUACCUCACCCGCAAAUCUCAAGAGAGCUGAAUUCUAUGGAAGAAAAGCAGUGUUUUACUUUGAAUAUCUUGAUCAGCGGCAGACCUGUGUAGACAUAGAGGCCCACAGAUGGUACCCUAUUGCUAACAUGACCAUUCAACACAAAAUCAGGGUCUAUGAUUACUAUGAACCAGGUAUGCACAACACAACACUGUAUUCCACAUACAGCUUGUUCAAUCUGAAUGUGUGUUAUGUGUGUGGGUCGUAUCAAUGUCCAUACUGUCCCUUCUUCAAUGUCGGUGUGGUGAUAAAAGCCAGCUUUACACUAAUAACUCUCAUUAUUGGAUUUAUUCUACAGAGAUAUAUGUUACGGAACUCUUAGCAGUGAAGCUCUCGUGAGACAUGACUCAAAUCCUUCCAAAGUACCGCAAAUGAUUUUUGUCAUUCCGAAUUAAAAAGUGCACAAUUUCUCAAGUAGAAUCAAGAGAAAAUUCACAUAUCAGUUACCAUGUAUGAUGAAAUCAACAUUUCUGUUCUAUAGAAUCUGUUUUGACUAUCUUAUUCCAGGUUGGUACAGCAUAUUUUUUUAGACUAUAUAAAAAAAGGGUUGUGUAUUUAAAUGUGAUUCAUAUAUAGAUCAUUGGCAUUUAAAAUCAAAAUAUUUGCAGUUAUUCACUUUUGAACAAAAGUUUUAUGCUGAAUAUUGAUACUUGACAUUUUUCAGAGUGCCAUAAUAGUAGAAGCAAUAAAUAAUGUUGCAUGCUACACAAAUACUUCAAAUUUUUCAACAGUCAAGUAUAUUAGUGCUUAAAAUACAAUUUUUGAAAGUUCUCAUACAGAAAGACUGAUCUUAAAAUGAAAAGCAAGAAGCAUUCCAAUUUAUAAUUUUUUUUUCUUGUCAUUCCAAAGCAAGGAGAUGAAAUGAAAAGGCUAUUAAGUAUUUAAAAAAAAAACAUGAAAGCAGAUCUCUGACCUUUGUGAUUCAUACAAGGCACAGUUUUUUUUUUCACACUCCACAAAAGUGAUUGAUGAAUAAAAUUUAUAUAUUAGAUAUUCUAUGAUUUUUAAACAUUUCAUUUUUGUAUUAAUCUAGAAUGGUUGAUUUUAUUACUUUUACAAAUGUUACAUAUCAAUUUUGUUAAAUGGUUUUUUAUACUCUGGAGUAUGAAAUACUAGUGUUGUGAGAGAGGAAAUGUGAUUACAAUUUACAUUUAUUACAUUCCAUAUUAUUACAUAUCAUAAUGCAAUAGUCAAGUUGUCCAAAAAGUAGAAGUGUGGGAAUUUAUGACUGUUGCAUAUAUUUACCAUUUGCAUAUGUGGAGCUCUUUUUCAUAGAAUAUGUGUAAUAAUCAUUUUAUGAUGAAUAUUUUUUAUGGAAUAUAUGUGACAUAUCUUGAAUGAAUGUGUAUAUAUCUAUUUUUAUGAAAUAAAAUAUUUUCUACAAGGGACUUGAAAACAUUCCUAUCCAUCAUUGUAAAUACCAUUUAUCAAGUAACUCGUGUAUAAAUUUAUAAACUUUGUAAAUUAGAAUCUUUUUUGUAACUAUAUACAAGCAUUUUUGUACAGAAAUGCCACUUUUUAUAUGCAGUAAAAAAAAU